AUGUGUUGUGACGUCACAUAUCUCUACCACUUCUGUCGCGUGAAUUGUACGCCGAAAGCUAUGCCUCGAUAUCUGGGAAUCGAUUUCUUCGACACCAAUCGAUACAAACACUUAAAGCCAUUGAUUCUUAGCGACGAAGAUAUCACCCGAUCUGAUCCGCGAAUACAGACACCACUCGGCGCGCCAACAGUGGCCCAAACUAGUGGUGAAGCAGUGAUUCCUCCGCAGCCAAUGCCGCCACCGAAAAGAGCGGUCACUUUCAGCGAUCGCAUUGAUUUGAUUCCCGAUUUCGGGCCAAACAUUGUGGCCAAUACUCACGCGUCUAAUGAUGACUUUCGCCCGAUUCUGGACACCACUAAUAGACAGUCAAUCCCUGAACCGCGCCAUCAGUUCACUCGACCAUUGAGUUCGGGAUCGACUCAAGAGUUUGGGAACCGAUUGACAAUAGCGUCGACGCAAUCGAAACUCUUUGACAAAUCUUUUGAUAUCGAUUCCGAUUGGUUUCAAAGCCUGAUUCCGAAGCGUUUAUAUGACACACAACGGCGACCGCUGUGGACAUCGACAGCGGAUCCGUUGAAUCAAUUGAAUAACAGUCAACAGAGACUCACAAACAACGAGUCUUUUGUGUCAAUAAAUGAAUCUAAAAGUCAGUCAAGUGUUGGCAAUAAGCCAUUGGAUCAAAGGUCACGAGCUAUACGUUUGAGUGAUUUGUCCCGAGUAUCACAUACGGGACCCGUUGGCCAAACUUCUUGUAACUCUUUGCCAAAUGUUUCAGAAAGCGGUUCCAAUUGUCUUAAGAAUCGAGAUAUGAUUUCAUCGUUGGAUUCAAGAGUUUCCAAACCAUUGAACGAAACGAUAUUAAAGAGAGACUCAAAUAGAUUUCAAAUGAAAGAGUGGUUUAAUCCAAAGAUAUUUGGAUCCAAUUCUGUGCGAAUGGAAACGCAAAGUGUGUCUCGAAAUGAAGAACCGAUUCAAACAAUUAAAGCCGAUUUACAGGCGAAGAAUCAAGUGUUGACUCAACCAAUCGCUCCUCAUUUGGACGCAAAAGAGGAAGAGAUGUCCGAAAACUUUUCGACACUAAUAUCAGGCGUCGGUUCGUAUGAAACCACUCAAUGGCCUCCAUUUCAAGACAACCGACGCCAACAACCGAUGCAUACAAUUAAUGCCGAUUUACAGAUGAAGAGUCAAGUGUCGACUCAACCAAUUGGUGGUCAUUUCAACACAAAGACUAAAACAAUGUCUGAAAACUUAUCGAAACUAAUAUCAGGCGUGGGUUCGUAUGGACUCAAUCGUUGGCCUCAAUCUCAAUACAACCGAAGCCAACAACCGAUGCAUUCAAAUGAAAGAAACUCUUUUCGCAGCGAUUUAUCACUUAUUAUGAAUUCGAGGAAAGAGAAGAAGAGUUACAACACUUACAAACCGUACGAUAGAUAUACCGCUUCUGGACAGCCGUCCGGUGCGGACAUGGAUUUCAUGAGACGCGAGAAAGUCUUCACAAAUAACACGACAGCGUCUGAAGCAAAGAGCGGAUACUUUGCCGGAAGUGAUGGCAAUCGCGAGAAAUGGACUCAAAAUAAAAGUGUGUCCAAUAAUAUGAAGUCUACUCCCAAACCAUUCACUCCUAAAGUAAUGAAUGAAGUGAUGAACAAAUACUACAAAACAUUUGAUCUCAAUCUAAAUGAAGAAUAA